UUUAGUCCCGAGUUUUAAGGAGUAAUUAAUCAAAUCCAUAGUCUCAUGUGUGCAAACGAAGACAAGACUUCCAGUAAAUGACUCCGAGAGCUUGGACAGCCAACCAAAAUGGCAUCGAUUUGGACUUUAACGCUUUCAAGAACUUUUGCACUAGGAAUUUUCGGAUGUCUUUUGGUAAUGAAUGAAUCUACGUAUAAUCUUUCAAAUAAGAGUGGUCUCCAGCGAUCUAACAAACCGAAUGUUUCAGUUUGGGAUGAAAUUCGUCGAAUAUUUGGAGCAACCAUAAUUCGAUUUGAAAAUCUAGGGUGCUACGUGGAUGACAGAAACGAUCGAGCUUUCCUGAUAAGUAGAAAGGAUUCAUUCAAGAACUUUCUGAAUAGUGGGUGGACCAACCUUAAUACCGCCUUUCCAAAAAUGGUUUACGGAUGUGCUAAUUUUACCUUAGAGCAGGGCUAUCGGUAUUUUGGUGUACAGGAUUGGGGAGAGUGUUGGGCUGGUGAUAACCGGUAUGACAAGCAUGGGAAAGGUAAUGGAGAUAAUCUGUGUUCCUAUAGCGUUGGAGGACCUCAUCGAAAUAAAGUGUACAAAUUUCUACCUGUAAACGGAAGCUGGAGCGAAUGGAGUGAGUGGCAAGAGUGCAACCAAACGUGUGGUAAUUCAUAUGCCAAGCGCACGCGUAACUGUACCAAUCCUUCUCCCCGCUGGGGUGGACUCAGUUGUCAAGGAUCUCAUUUGGAGCAACAGAAAUGCAACAGCAACAAAUGUCAAGGGAUAUGGAGCGAGUGGGGUAACUGGAACACGUGUAGCAAGUCAUGUGGACUGGGCCACCGAACAAGACAACGAACAUGUAUAAAGUCCUUCUCAUAUGGAAAGGAAAGAGUUUGUCAAGGAUCCCCUGAGGAAACCAAGAACUGUUAUGUGAUCAUGUGUAAAGAUGUUUUGCAGUCAAUCUACCCCUUCGAAGCCAUUGGAUGUUACUAUUCAUCCUUAACACGCCGAUUACUGCCCAACAUGCUGGAGCAUGACUUUCGAAGCAGUAUUGUAUGGCAUAAUCAUAGCACUGACUCUCUGUCUGCUGUAGUCUUUAGAUGUGCCAAGCAUGUGCAGGUCGACUUCAGCAGCUCUCAAUACUUUGGAUUAGAAUAUUGGGGCGAGUGCUGGACAGGCAACGUCUCGUUGAAGCUGCUUGAAAAAUAUCCCAGAUCGGACCAGUGUUUUCGAACAAAUGAGAAUGUUACAAUUGGAAAAGUAUGGUCGAUCUUUUUGUAUAGAUUCGCACCAGUCAAUGGAAGCUGGUCAUCGUGGGGAUAUUGGAACAACUGUUCUAAAUCAUGCAGAGGAACCAAACGACGCAUGCGCAAUUGUUCCAAUCCACCGGCCCUAUGGGGAGGCCAGUACUGCCAUGGAAAUGGUAUAUCUGAAUUACCGUGUGGAGAUAUUCUAUGUGAUGRCUCGCUUCGUUACCUAUCAAGCAAGGUUGCUGGUCUUACAUCCUCUGGAGUAUUUGUCCUGUUGAUUGCUGCAGUUUUCUUUUUAUGGAUUUUCAGACGACGACGACGAAAAAAAUUGCAAUCUCAGAUGCAUAUCUCAGAUCAAUGGGAAAUAAGUGCAGAGCAAAUAGAGUUCCUGGAGCUCUUAGGCGAAGGAGAGUUCGGCAAUGUAUACAAAGGGGUACUGAGAAAAAAAUCAAAGUCACCGAUGAAAAGAAGAGGAAAGAGUAUCAUGCGACGAACAUUACGAAAGAAAGUUAAAGAUGAAGCUAAAGAAAUAGUUGCAGUAAAAUUAUUGAGAGAAUCAGCCAAUGAAGACCAGAGGAAAGAGUUUAUGGCUGAGAUUAAACUGAUGAAAGAGAUAGGAUCUCAUAUCAACAUCGUCAACAUGAUGGGGUGUCGUACGUUGAUUGAGCCUUUGUAUCUCGUGGUGGAACUGGUUCCUUAUGGAGACCUGUUGAACUUUCUGAGGAAGCGACGACAGCAACUUUUGAGACUUUUAAAGGAAAACAGCAAGUCUUCGUACAGUACUUACUAUGACAACGUACGAGACAGUAGCACGACCUUCAACUAUGGAAGGAUGAUAGACGAAUCUCCAGCAAGAAGAAAUCAUCACAGGCAGGAUUCAAGUUGUGUCAUAGUCAGUUAUCAACGAGGACGGGACGACGAUGAUGGCGAGCGCGUACAGAUUAGAAGAGGUCGAGAAAAUGCCUGUGAAGUUGACGAUAAUACUCUGACACCUAAUGAUUUGUUAGCGUUUGCAUGGCAAAUAGCACAGGGCAUGGAAUAUCUAUCAAGAAAGAAAAUAGUUCAUCGUGAUUUAGCAGCAAGGAACGUUUUGGUUGGCGAGAAGAAAGUAUUGAAGGUAGCAGAUUUUGGCUUGUCUAGAAAUAUCUAUGACGAUGCGAUAUACUACUCCCAGAAACGACGAAAGCUACCAAUCAAAUGGAUGUCUCCUGAGUCUCUGUAUGAUCAAGUGUUUACGCCAAGUAGUGAUGUGUGGUCUUAUGGUGUUGUACUUUGGGAGAUUGCAACGUUAGGAGGUUGUCCAUAUUCCACGAUAAGCAAUUACAAGAUUCCUAAGAUGCUGAAAAAUGGAUACAGAAUGAGCAAGCCUGAUUUCUGUCCAGAUGAAAUGUAA